GUAGGGCAGCUGGCCGAGUCCCGAUGAUUACUCAUAUGUUGUACGGCUCUCUCUGUACGGUGGACGUGGGGAGACAGAGACUUCGCAGUAUAUGUCGAAGUCGCCUCAGUCCCGUUUCAGUCGUAUCGCGACAUCCGCAUUUAUCAGUUCUCGUGCGGAAUCAACUCGAAACGUUUUCACGACCGGCGUUUGUCAGCGAACGGAGCGACCGACCGGUUGCCGCUGGCGCCAUUUCUGAGUCGUAGUCUGUUAAUUAUCCGAGUUGAAAACGAAGACGACGAAACGUGCGGAAAAUCAUAAUGACAGAAUUCUACCAGGUCGUUAUCACCGUGCUAAGCGUCCUGCUCGGCGGCUUUCUCCUUACCGGAAGUCGUCGACGGAUCAUGUAUAUGCUCUACAAGACUCUACCUAGAGAUAUUCUGGGAGCUUAUCGAUUUCUUCAGGUUAAUAUACUCCUUUGGUGGUGGGAAAAGCGUGAAUAUACCGUCCCGAAAGUUUUCGCAAAAUACGCAGCGGCUAAUCCGAACAAAAUCGCUUUUAUUUUUGAAGACAAAAAAUGGACAUACGAAGAACUGGAUCUCUUCAGCAACCGUAUCGGACGUUACUUUCGCACCAGACCGUUUUCUCACUACGACAGUAUAGCUGUGGUUAUGGAAAAUUGUCCUGAAUACGCCGGUACCUGGCUAGGCCUCACCAAGGCUGGUUUCGUAGCGGCUCUCAUCAAUACCAAUCUCCGUCAUGACAUGCUCGUACAUAGCAUCAAUGCCGCCAAUUGUAAAGCUAUCAUCUUCGGAUCCGAAUUUAAAGAUGCGAUUCGUGACAUUAAGAAUAAAAUACCCAACAUCGAGCUUUACCAAUGGUCGGAGUCGGAGGAUACACCGAUUCUAGAAAAGGCGCUAGAUCUCACAACGGGAAUUCGUAGCAUCGAUUCUGCACCUCUCCUUGUCCAACUUGACUAUGGCAGUCCCCGGGACAAAUUGAUUUACGUCUAUACAUCCGGCACGACGGGAAUGCCAAAGGCUGCCGUCAUUAAUAAUUUGAGAUUCAUGUUAAUAGCAUGUGGCGUACAUUCUAUGCUUCGUCUACGCUCCAAUGAUCGAAUUUAUAACUCUCUACCUCUUUAUCACACUGCAGGUGGAAUAAUUGGAGUAGGUCAAACACUUUUGCGAGGCGUGACCGUCGUGCUUCGUAGACGAUUCAGUGCGUCUAAGUUUUGGUCAGAUUGCAUCCAUUACGAUUGCACUGUAGCGCAAUAUAUUGGAGAGGUCUGUCGAUUCCUUCUUACGGUUCCACCAACUCAAAGUGAUAGAAAGCAUAAAAUACGCUUAAUGUUCGGAAAUGGUUUGAGGCCGCAAAUUUGGGAAUCUUUUGUAAAGAGAUUUGGCAUAAAGCAAAUAGGCGAGUUUUAUGGAGCCACCGAAGGAAACUCAAAUAUCGUAAAUAUUAACAAUAAAACUGGUGCUGUUGGUUUUAUACCAAGAUACCUCGGGCGUUUGUAUCCUGUUGCUUUGUUAAAAAUUGACGAAGAAACAGGAGAGUUAUUGAGGGGAACAGAUGGACUCUGUAUACCAUGUAAACCUGGUGAACCUGGCGUUUUUGUGGGCAAGAUUAAUCCGAAUAAAGUGAUUAACGAUUUCUCUGGUUAUGCGGAUGAAAAGGCUUCAAAGCAGAAAAUUAUAUGCGAUGUCUUCAAGAAGGGCGAUCGCGGUUUUAAUUCUGGAGAUAUUUUAGUCAUGGAUGAACUCGGGUAUUUUUACUUCAAGGACAGGACCGGGGAUACAUUUAGGUGGCGAGGCGAAAAUGUUGCCACUGCGGAAGUAGAGGCCGUCAUCAGUAACGUAAUAGGUUUGAAGGAUGCAACCGUAUAUGGUGUCGAGGUACCCGGAAACGAGGGUAAAACGGGAAUGGUUGCUAUAUACGACGCAAAGAAUUCCGUAAAUCUCAAACAAUUAGGAGAAGAAUUGAAGAAAGUUUUACCAUCCUAUGCUAGACCUCGUUUUGUUCGUAUUUUGGCAGAAUUGCCAAUGACUGGAACAUUCAAAUUGAAAAAGAAGGAUCUCCAACAAGAAGCCUUUGAUAUUAAGAAAGUCAAAGAUCCAUUAUAUUUUCUUAACAACGAUACCUAUGUGAAGCUGACUGAUAAAAUCUACAAUGAUAUCAUCGAAGAAAAAAUUCGAUUAUAAUUGACACGUUUUCCUGCGAAGAUACUUCCUUUUCAAGACAAUUUGGUAUUAUAGAUGGAAAAGUUUAUAAAAGCUUCCCCAGUGUGUUAGUUAGUCAUAGAGUAUUCGAUAAUCACUAAUUGUGUGGACCAAUUAAUUGUCAUGUAUGUCUUCUUUC